UUCUGGGAGUUCUUUACUCUACGUAGUGUGGUGGGCGUGAUGUGGCUGCUGCUAGUCCGUCGUGGCGUUAAGUUUACUGCUGCUUCGAAAGUUAUUGGUAGUACUUCGGGUAGGAGAAUGGCGUCGUUUCUGAUCGACAAAGCCGAGUACUCAUUUCUCAAAGACCUCGGCCUGUCGAAGAAGAAUUUUGGAGUGUACGACGGGCAGUGGCGAGGUAGCGGUCAGGUGCUGACAUCCUACUGCCCAGCCAAUGCUCAACCCAUCGCCGAGGUGGUCCAGGCUACACCAGCAGACUAUGAGGCUGCAGUGGCUGCAAGUUCUGCAGCUUGGCAACAAUGGGCAGACCUUCCAGCCCCCAAGCGGGGUGAGAUUGUCCGCCAGAUGGGCGAUGCACUUCGCCGCUACAAAGAGCCACUGGGCAAGCUCGUGUCCCUGGAGAUGGGCAAGAUUCUCGCUGAAGGCUUGGGAGAGGUUCAGGAGUAUAUUGACGUGUGUGACUAUGCUGUGGGCCUGUCGCGCACCAUUGAGGGAAAGUGGCUUCCUAGUGAGCGGCCAGGUCACGCUCUCCUCGAAGCCUGGAAUCCACUGGGCAUUGUGGGUGUCAUCACAGCCUUCAACUUCCCAGUGGCUGUCUAUGGUUGGAACAGCGCUAUUGCCCUCGUCUGUGGCGACACACUCCUCUGGAAGACAGCCAGCACAACUCCACUAUGUGGUGUUGCCGUGACAAAGAUUAUUGCCCAGGUCCUUGAGGCUAACCAGCUUCCGGGUGCGGUGUGUGCACUGACUGUUGGCGGGCCCCCCAUUGGCAACGCUAUGGCUGAAGACAGCCGUGUGCGUUUGCUGUCCUUCACGGGUAGCACCCACGUCGGGCGUCAGGUGGCUCUCAAGGUGCAGGAACGCUUUGGACGUCCUCUGCUCGAGCUGGGCGGGAACAAUGCCAUUGUGGUGGACGAGGACGCUGACCUAGACAUGCUUGUGCGGGCCGCCCUGUUUGCCUGUGUGGGCACAGCUGGUCAGCGCUGCACUACCACGCGCCGAAUCAUCGUCCACCACAAGGUAUAUGACCAAGUACUGUCGAGACUCAAGAAUGCCUACAGCCAGGUUCGUCUGGGUGACCCUCUACACUCGUCAACCUUAUGUGGCCCCCUACACACUGAGCGUGCAGUGGAGGAAUUCCUGGAAGCUGUUGCUGAAGCUGUCAAGUCUGGUGGCUGCAUUGAGUGUGGUGGCAAGCGCGUGGAGAGGGAUGGCUACUUUGUGGAGCCCACCAUUGUGACUGGCUUGCCACACGAUGCACCUGUUGUACACCGGGAGACGUUUGCCCCCAUCGUGUACCUUCUCAAAUGCGACAGUGUGGACCAAGCCAUUGCAUGGAACAAUGAGGUGGAGCAGGGCCUCUCCAGCAGCCUCUUUACUGCCAACCUUGCCAACGUCUUUAAGUGGCUGGGACCAAAGGGCUCGGACUGUGGUAUUGUGAACAUUAACAUUCCAACAAGUGGAGCAGAGAUUGGCGGCGCCUUUGGUGGUGAGAAGCACACAGGUGGUGGCCGGGAGUCGGGCAGUGAUUCAUGGAAGCAGUACAUGCGUCGCUCCACCUGCACCAUCAACUACAGCAAGGAGCUGCCCCUGGCUCAGGGCAUCACGUUCCAGUGAGGCAAGGGGGACAAGGCUGCAUCUACAUUCCAUGGGAAUAUUGAGAGCACUUCUAUUAUUACGGGAACACUGCCUUUUCAGUAAUUCCCUUUUAGGAUAUGCAUAUUUUUGUAUGUUCAAUGCCAUUUUUGCCAUGACUGUUGCCCUCUACAGCUGUCUUAUCAUAAAAGCCUUGAUAUCUACUCAAGAUUGUUGCUCAUAUUCCACGAGUCAAUAAACUUUGCAUUACAUGUGAAACAA